GCGAUGUCCUUGCUCCGCCAUUGAAAAUUAAUUUGCUGGUUUGUGUAAGAUGUUGUCCGCAAGUUGUACGAAGAUUUCGUCAGUUUUAUUGAGGGCGGGAUGUGGCCCAAAGGGAGUCCGUGUCAUACCAGCCCUGAAUCAGGGUCUUUCUAGGGGUUAUGCAAGUGACACAGAUACUGAUGUUGUAGUGAUAGGAUCCGGUCCAGGAGGUUAUGUAGCCGCCAUCAAAGCUGCCCAACUUGGCAUGAAGACAGUAUGUGUAGAGAAGGCUGACACACUUGGUGGGACCUGUCUUAAUGUCGGCUGUAUCCCUUCCAAAGCUUUACUCAAUAAUUCACAUUUUUACCACAUGGCUCAUUCGAAGGAUCUCGCCAACAGGGGCAUUACAUUUGACAACCUCACUUUGAACCUUGACAAAAUGAUGGAACAGAAAACAAAAGCUGUCAGUGGUUUAACUGGCGGAGUUGCACAUCUUUUCAAACAAAACAAGGUAACACAUAUCCAAGGCCAUGGCAAAGUCAGCGGACCAAAUGAAGUGACAGUCUUGAAACAAGAUGGGACAGAGGAGAAGGUGGCAGCAAAAAAUAUCCUUAUUGCAACUGGUUCAGAAGUCACACCAUUUCCAGGAAUUGAUAUUGAUGAGGAGACAGUUGUGUCAUCAACUGGGGCUUUGUCACUGAAGAAAGUCCCAGAGAAAAUGAUCGUCAUCGGGGCUGGUGUCAUUGGAGUUGAACUGGGCUCAGUGUGGAGCCGGCUUGGUUCAGAGGUCACCUGCAUUGAAUUCUUGGGCCAUGUCGGUGGUAUGGGCAUCGAUAUGGAGAUCGCUAAGAACUUCCAACGCGUUUUAACCAAACAAGGACUCAAAUUCAAGCUGAACACCAAAGUCACGACUGCAGUUCGAGAGGGCUCAAAUAUCAAAAUCAAUUUCGAAAGCGUGAAAGAUGGAAAGACAGAUUCAAUAGAUUGUGAUACUCUCCUAGUCUGUAUUGGACGGCGACCGUACACCGAUCAGCUUGGUCUUGAAAGUGUUGGAAUUACAACAAACCAGAGGGGACAGAUACCAGUCAAUUCAAGAUUCCAGACGUCAGUGCCAAGCGUGUAUGCUAUCGGUGAUGUGAUUGCUGGGCCCAUGUUGGCGCACAAGGCUGAAGAUGAAGGGAUCAUCUGUGUUGAGGGUAUGUGUGGUGGUGUUCCCCACAUCGACUACAACUGCGUGCCCUCCGUCAUCUACACCCAUCCUGAGGUUGCCUGGGUAGGCAAGACAGAGGAACAACUGAAGGAGGAGGGGGUACCGUACAAGGUUGGAAAGUUCCCGCUGGUGGCCAACAGUCGUGCUAAGACGAAUUUCGAUACUGACGGUUUAGUUAAAGUUCUAGGACAUAAAGAGACAGAUAGAUUGUUAGGUUGCCAUUUUAUUGGAUCAGUUGCUGGUGAACUCAUCAAUGAAGCCUGUUUAGCAAUGGAAUAUGGGGCAUCGUGUGAAGAUGUUGCCCGAGUGUGUCAUGCCCAUCCGACUGUCUCAGAAGCGCUUAGGGAGGCUAAUCUAAUGGCAUAUUGUGGGAAAGCGAUCAACUGUUGAACUGUAUAGAAAAGCUAUGAAAUGAUAGCAUUGACUUUCAUGGACUUGUGUACUUUCUAUUUUAUUCACAGAUUUGGGAAUUAGUUCAGGAUUAUCACUGAUACAGCCUGAACUAUUUCUUGUGAUCGAUGUGGCACUGUCGAAACAUAAUUGGCCCAAAUUUUGUCAUCAGAUCCUCGGACAGUUUCUAAUUAAAAAGGCUAAUGUAUAAACAAGCCUCUUGUUUUUGUGCUAAGGCUACACUCUGACAUACAUAUACCUUCCAUUUUUGAAGCCAAGUUAGGAAUCUGCCAUUUUGAUUAGGUGGGUGACAGAGUUGCGAUGGGCUGAGGUAAAAGGGGUACGCCAUUCGUAUUUAACUGUGGGUCAGGAAUACAUCUGUCCACACAUUGGCAAGGUUGAAAUAUACAUUUCCUGUUGCCUUGUUGCAUGUACAGCUUUGAAAAUCUUGUGUUGCAUUAGCUGGCUUUGAUAGGCUGGCAGUUCAGCCCAUGAAGCUCUGCACUUACAUGUAGUGUGCUCCAUGUAAAUGAAACGUUGGAGAACUUUUCAGAUCGAGUGACAAUCUGAAAAGAUGUCAAACUUUAAAAAGUACUGGUAUAGAUACAUGUAUAAGAGCUUGGUGUGUUUAAAUAGUAUAGUGGCAAGUAAGCCAAAGUAGGCCUAAUAAUGACAAAUCAGUGUUUCUCAAUGUGUUAAUCUUUGUAAUAUCAUUGUACAAUAAAAUUGUAUUGAAUUGUUGACA